UACUUAGUUUUAAAAUUUCAAAGUCGGUUAGUUCCGCACGUCUGCCGAGAAGACUGUUGUUGUGGUAUCGAUAUUCAGAAGACAUUUUCGAUAGCUUUCCGACUCACAACGCAAACGACAUUAACGGUGAUAUAUCAUUGAGAAGUUGAAACCAUGGCAGAUGAUGAUAGUGAAUGGAGGAAGCUGCCCACAGAUGACAAGUGUGUACACAAAGUAUGGAAGGCACGUGUGGCUGGAUACGAGGAAGCCACCAAACUCUUCAAAACACAGAAGAGCGAGAAAUCUCCAGAGUUCGCCAAAUAUCUAGGUUUGGUGAAAAAGUUUGUGACAGACAACAAUGCAAUCGCCCAGGAAAAAGGCCUGGAUGCUGUGCUAGCUUUUGUAGAGAAUGCCGCUGAUGCAAAGAAGACUGCAGGAGAAGUCAUCCCUGGCAUUGUAACCAAGGUUCUAAAUGCACGACCAAAGACAAAGGAAAAGGGUGUAGAAAUCUGUAUGAUGUACAUAGAGAUAGAGAGACAAGACAUAGUCCAGGAAGAGAUCAUGAAGGGUUUUACCAACAAACAACCCAAGGUGGUAGCAGCCUGCAUACAAGUUCUUACAGAGGGUCUAAGAUGCUAUGGUAAUAAAAUCAUGCCCAUCAAACCUGUGGUGAAGACCCUCCCCCCACUCCUGGAGCACAAGGACAAGGCUGUGCGAGAGGAGGCCAAACAGCUGAGUCUGGAGAUCUACAGAUGGAUCGGUCCGGCCUUUACCACUGCUCUGCAGGGGGUCAAACCUGUAGUGAUGAAGGAGCUGGAGGAGGAGUGGGAGAAGCUGCCUAAGAAGCCUGCUCGCCAGACUAGGUUCCUGCGCUCCCAACAGGACCUCAAGGCCAAGAUGGAGGCUGAGGAAAAUGGGGAGGAGGAGGAAGAUGAAGGUGAUGAUGAUGAUAACCAGGCACAAGCUGAGAUCGACCCGUAUGAACUGUUAGAUCCAGUAGAAAUCCUGUCCAAGAUUCCUAAGGACUUCCAGGAGAGUAUGGAGAGCAAGAAGUGGCAGAUCCGUAAGGAAGCUCUGGAUGCCCUCCAUAAGCUGACAUCCAACCCAAAACUAGAGGCUGGGGACUACGGAGACAUUGUCAGGAUUCUCAUUAAGACUGUAGGUAAAGACUCCAACGUGAUGCUGGUGACCGUAGCUGGAAACUGCAUGACGGGACUUGCCAACGGUCUGCGCAAGAAGUUCUCCCCCUACGCCGUGCAGUGUGUCAAGGUCAUCCUGGAGAAGUUCAAGGAGAAGAAGGUCAACGUGGUGACGUCCCUGAGAGAAGCCAUCGAUGCUAUCUAUCUGACUACGAAUCUCCAGGCCAUCUCAGAGGAUUACCUGGCGGCACUUGAUAACAAGAACCCGUCCAUCAAGGCAGAGACGGCCCUGUUCCUGACCCGCUGUCUGAAGCGCUGCACCCCGGCUCAGGUCCCCAAGGCCGUCCUCAAACCCAUGUGUGCAAGUCUGGUCUCUAGAACAGGAGACACAGCACCAGAUGUGCGCGAGGCUGCGUUUGAAGCCAUCGGGACUGCCAUGAGAGUUGUGGGGGAGAAACCCAUCGCACCCUUCCUGGCUGAACUGGAUCAGAUCAAGAUGGGGAAGAUCAAAGACUACAGUGAAAAGGCAGAGAUUAUAGGGGGAGGAAAGAAGACAAAACCGAAGGAGAAGGAACCUGCCGCAGCUAAAGAACCCCCCAAGAAGUCUGGAGGACCCCCAAGUGCCUGGAGAAAGGGGUCAUCCAGUGGGCCACCAAAGGCUUCGGCUUCCCAGAGACCUUCUACAGCUCCAGCCAAGGCCAAGGGCGGGGCUGGCAAGGCAAAGGGGAAGAAAGGAGCGGCGUCUUCUGUGUCCGACAAACCUGAGUUCCAGGAGACUGCACUGUCUGAUGAGGAGGUAGCAGAGAAAGCUGCUGAGCUGUUCUCUGCAGAGACUCUCAAGCAACUGGACAGUGCUAACUGGAAGGAGAGGCUGGCUGGGAUGGAAGACUUCUCACAGGCUGUGAAGACCAUGGAGCCAAAGACACUUCCCUGUCAGGUCAUCAUCAAAACUGUGGCCAAGAAGGGAUGGAAGGAGAACAACUUCCAGGUGCUGAUUGCCAAGUUCCAGCUGGUUAAGUACGUUGCGGAGAACGGGAAGAUUUCUCAGGGCGUGGCUAAGGUGUGUCUGACAGGGCUGACGGAGAAGGUGGGAGACAUCAAGGGCGGGGCAGUCGCCAAGGAGGCACUGACAGCACUCGCCGAGGCCACCACAUUGGACUAUGUCAGCCAGGGGGGAGUAGAGUUGGCCUUCAAGCAGAAGAACCCAAAGAACCAGGCUGAGAUCCUCAACUGGCUGAAUGAGGCUAUAAAAGAGUUUGGUCUAAAGGUUUCUGUGAAGCCAUUUAUCCAACAUAUGAAGACUGCCCUAGCUGCAACUAAUCCAGCCAUUCGCACGGCAGGCAUCAACCUGAUCGGUGUGUUGUCCAUGUACAUGGGCGCACAGCUCCGCGUCUUCUUCGAGGACGAGAAGCCCGCUCUUCUACAGCAGAUUGACGCUGAGAUAGAAAAGAUGUCUGGAGAGAAGCCCCCUGCCCCCACCAGGGGGGUGCGGAAGCGGUCAGAGGGGGAAGAGGGUGGAGAAGAAGAGGGGGAGGAGGAGGAGGAUCAGGCUGCUGCCAUCAACAUAGAGGACCUGGUACCCAGGACAGAUGUCAGUGAACGGAUGAGACCAGAACUCAUGAACGAGCUUGGAGACAAGAACUGGAAGGUUAGAAAAGAAGCUCUGGAAAAGGUAUCUGCCAUUUUGGAGGAAGCCAAGUUCAUCACCCCUAGCCUUGGAGACCUGCCUAGUGCACUAAAGGCCAGGCUUGGAGAUUCCAACAAAAUACUGGUCAUGAACACCUUGACUAUCUGCACAACUAUCGCCACGGCGAUGGGACCAAACAUUCGGCAGCACGUCAGUGUCAUUGGCCCUGGUAUCCUACAGACGUUGGGAGAUAGCAAGGAACAUGUGCGCCAGGCAGGACUGGCGGCGCUGAACGCCGUUGUGGAGCAGACUGGCGUCACACCGUUCAUGGAGAACGAGAUGAUGUCAGACGCACUCCGCUCAACCUCACCCAUGCUCAAGAUCGAGUUGUUUGGUUGGCUGGCAGAAAAACUGAUGACAGUGAAGACCUGCCCUCCUGACCUGGUCAACUGUCUGCCCAUGUUGUACGCCUCGCUGGAGGACCGCAACGCCGACGUACGCAAGAACGCCCAGGGUGCCGUGGUGCCCUUCAUGUAUCACCUCGGUUACGAGAAGAUGAACCGUGCCGUCGGGAAACUCGCUGCUUCCUCCAAGACUAAUGUGUCUGCUAUCCUGGAGAAGGCUCGAGCAGAAGUCCCCGCCAAGCCCAGUAAGAAGGGGAAGGGGAAAGCCAGCUCUCCUCCGUCAGACGAGGGUAGCGGAGGCAGCGCCGAGACACGCAGACCUAAAACUGCUCCUGCCAAGUCUAAGAGGGAGGAGGAUUCUGGGAGUGCUAAGGAGGUGAAGCAGGCCGAGCCUGCUGCUAAGUCUGGCCGCCCCAAGUCUGGCAUUGCUAAAGCAAAUGCUAACAAGGGUGGUAUGGCAGGGUCUAAGAAGAAGGGCAGUAACCAGAGCCUGGCUGAUGAGGACACAGGACCACCUCUCAUCCUCAACAACGAGAAGAAACAGCGGAUCAAGGAUGAGAAAACUCUCAAGGUGCUGAAGUGGAAUUUCAGCAGCCCGGAGUCGGACCACAUUGAGCAGCUGCAGAAACAGCUGACCACCUGCGUCAGUAAGACCAUCUACACUCAGUUCUUCCACUCCGACUUCAAGCGCCACCUGGCAGCCAUGGACACUCUGAUUGCGGCUGUGAAGGACCAGAAAGAGGAGACGGUAGCCCAGCUGGACCUGCUGCUGAAGUGGAUUACCCUGCGCUUCUUUGACACCAACACGACUGUGAACAUGAAGGCGCUGGAGUACCUCACCAUCCUGUUUAACACCCUGGCAGAGGACGAGUACAGGCUGCUGGACAUUGAGGCCAACUCCUUCUUACCCUACCUGGUCAUCAAGGUUGGAGAUUCCAAAGACGUGAUUCGGCGUGACGUCCGUGCUAUCCUGAAGAUCAUCACCAAGGUGUACCCUGCCAGCAAGAUCUUCCCCUUCCUUAUGGACGGGGUGCGCUCCAAGAACGCCAAGCAGAGAGCUGAAUGUAUAGAGGAGCUGGGCUGUCUGAUUGAGGGUUAUGGGCUGAACGUGUGCCAGCCCACCUCGGCAAAGGCACUGAAGGAGAUAGCCACACAGAUCGGAGACAGGGACAACGGUGUACGCAACGCCACGCUCAACACACUGGUGCAGGCCUAUGCUAUCUGUGGAGAGCAACUCUUCAAAUUUGUCGGCAAGCUGACAGAAAAGGACCAGUCUAUGUUGGAGGAGAGAAUCAAGCGGUCAGGAGUCCUUGCUAAACAGGCGGCAGGCAACAGACCAACCACGGCGCCGCCCAAAAUCUCCCCAGGAGGGAUGGAGGAUGGGCAAGGGGACGUCAAACCUGGCAGUAAAGAGGAAAAGGCAAUAAGUCAGCUGAAGCAGCUCCAUCGACAGGCCCAGCAGGGCCGCCCGCAGACGGCGCAGUACAAGCGGGAGUUCACGCUGGACCUGGACACCAUCGAGGGGGAGGAGGUGACGGUGUCGGAGCCCGUGCUGGUGGACACGGAGAACACGGUCCGCGAGCUGCUGGAGGACCCCGUCAACCUGCCGGAGACCAGGAUGCGCCCGCCGUCACCGUCCAUGGCCCUGCUGGGGAACACCACCAGCUCAUCCUCCGCUGUGGACUACGUCAUCUCACAGGUGGCCAGUAGCGAGGUGCUGACCAGUGUGCAGGCGCUGGCACAGCUGGACGCCGUGAUCCAGGACGAGGAGAAAUACGAGGCCAUCACGGAUCACGUGGAUCAGCUCCUGAUCGCCACCCUCCUGCAGCUGCGUAUGGCCAUGAGUAAACACAGCGACAACUACGACUCUCCCGAGGCACAGGACAUCAUUAAGACUUACAGAUGUGUGCUGGCCACUCUUAUAGCUCUGUUCCAGACACUGGCGCUGGCCAGCCAGGCGUCCAAGGACGUUCUGCGGGACCUGUUCAGCGUGCUGAUCACCCUGCUGCUGGACGAACACCUGCCGCACUACGGGGACGGUCCACAGGUCAUCCGCUCUGUCAACGUCCUGGUCGUCAAGGUCAUUGAGAAGUCAGACCUCACCAACUGUCUCGGAGCACUGAUCAAGUUACUCCAUGGCUGUGUGGCCAGUGAGACCAGCGCACCCAAGUUCACAGACCUCACCAUGAAGUGCAUCUGGAAGACAACAAAGAUGUUUCCCUCUGUGAUGUCAGACAUGGAUAUCAACAUGGACAAGGUGCUGCUGGACCUGCACAACUUCAUGAAGGCCUUCCCCACGGCCACCUGGAAGGACCGGCCCUCUGACAUGCCGCUACGCACCAUCAAAACUGUCCUGCACCUGCUCGCUAUGAUCAAGCGCGAAAAGAUCUUCAGUCACAUGACGCUGAUUGACAACCCCCAGGACUCGGAGGUGGAGGGUUACCUGAAGCGGGUCCUCAAGUCCAGUAAAGGGAAAUCCUCCACUGGCCAGAACAAGCCCAAACACAACGAGCAGAUGAAUGGGACAGCAGAGAAGGAGGAGGCGGAGAACAUGCCUGAACAGACUUCGAAGCCAACUCCUCGUAAAAUGAAUCCGAGAACCAACGACAUGUUAGCAGAGAUCUUCAAGAAGAUUGGGAACAAGGAGAACACGAAAGAGGGGCUUGCUGACUUGUACGACUUCAAGAAGAAGCACCCCGAGGCAGACAUCACCCCCUUCAUGCAGCGGACCUCCCAGUUCUUCCAGAACUACAUCGAGCGUGGUCUGAAGAACAUCGAGCUGGAGCGGGAGGGGAAGAUCCAACCUGGUACUGCUGUCUCUCACACUGAGAAUCAGUUCCAACAAGGAGACAAUCUUCCCCUUGCAGAGUCCUCCGGUAGUCAUGACAACCGUGUCUCCAUGGAGACCGACCUGGCCACGUCCAAGGUCAUCCAGGAGACCAUGUCGUCUGCCACCAGCUACCGGGAGAGACUCAAGAUCCUACGCCAGCGCUGUGGGCUCGAGAACUCAGCGGGUGAUGGCCCCCUACCCCAUGCUCCCCCUGUUUCCAGUCAACACGUGGACAGAUCCAAGACUGCUAAAGACUACCCCGACGUCGUCCCCUCCCCCUCAGAAUCCCAGCUGGACCUCCCCCCGUCCAUCCUGUCAGGACCCCCCCUGGACGUCCCCCAGCCGGCCAGCAUAUCUGCAAACGUCGACGACCUGAAACGGCGACUGGAGAGAAUAAAGAAGUCACAAUCUCAUAACACUUAAAACUGUUACAGUAGUAGUCUUACACCUCCCAGAAAAAUACACAUGAACACUGACUAGGUUUCUGAUAAGGGUCACAAGUAGAAUAUAAUGAUAGGUAGUUCUAUGUUGAAAAGUGUACGUGUGCCAAGUGCAAAGAUACCUCGGUUUGCUUAUGUAUAAAAUAACAGCUCUGAUCUUCUUGUUUAUAGCUCUAGUGCGAUUGAUUAAAGAUUUCACUGUUUGUAUUAAUUUUGUAGCUCAUUUGCAAACAGAAGAUAAAUACUUAUGAAUGAAAAGGACAUAGAAGGAGCUUUACCAGUGACUAUAAUUACUUAGAACAACUGAUAGGGACAGAGGUUGUAUUAAUUUAAUGUGCUGACUUUUCAAACUAUGUAGAAGUCCAUAAUGUGUAAAUCUACAGGAUACCUGCAAUGGCAAACUUGUUUUACCUGCAAACGUAGUAACUAAUUAUGAUAUGACCAAGUGGAAAUAAUGCUCUGCUAGCUGGUCGUUAAUGCAAUGGGCAGCAGCACGAAAAUUUGUAGGGCAAACUAUGCAGUUAAAAGUGGUAUAACAAAUUUACGUGCAUUUGCUUGUGUGUAUGUGUGAAAGCCUGCCUGCAAUCUCUGUAAAUCUACAUGUUGUUUUCUAUGAAAACACACCAGUCAUUUCAUGUUCAGAUAGCAAAAAUGAUUGUCUUCCUUGAUUUUUUGUUUUCCUUCGCGAGACUUCCAUUGCCCAAAUAGGCCAGUAUUUGUCAUGUUUGUUUAUUACAUUUGUUAAAAUUGAAAGAUGUAUGCAAACACAUAUGGUGCUUUAUUUUGGUAAUUUGUGUGUGUGUGUAAAAAAAGUUACAUCCUAUCUUGUGGUCAGCCAUACUAAAUUGGUGCAUAGACUUACACUGAUGAUUUUUUUUUCCUCUUUGAUGUUUAUAAAUUAACAUUCAUAGAUAAACAGAUUAUGCAUUUACCUCUGUUGUAUCAUAUCUUGAUUCUGUCACUCUACCAUUUGUUUUAUAUGUCCAACUCUGUCCUUUCCUCAAGUUUAUGUGUAAGUACCUACUCUCAUACGUGACUAUGUAUUCAAAUAUACUACUUUUGUAUGUUGAGCAACUCUCUCAUCUAUGGUGCACGAUUACAUUUUGUAUGUUAUCAGCUGACGUUUUAAACUUACAUCUGUCCUGAAAUGUGCAUCUGUGUAAUAAAGAUUAUUUCAUUUGAAAA